AUGAAGGCAGUCAUUUUCGAUUUCAAUGGAACCCUUCUUUUUGACGGGAAAUUACAUAGAGAAGCAUGGAACGCGAUGUCCUUGAAAUACAAAGGACGGCCAUUUACCGAUGUUGAGUGGGAAAAUAUCAAUGGUUCGCCCAAUUCGCGACUUGUGGAAUUUGUUUUAAAUCGGCAGGCAACACUAGAGGAGGUCAAAGACAUAGGACUCGAGAAAGAAAAAAUGUAUCAAAAGUUUCUUGAUCAAAGUGGGUUAGAAUUGUGCGACGGGGCAAUUUCACUCUUUGAAUCUCUUGCGCGAGAAAAAGUGCCGUUUGGUAUUGCGACAUCGAGUGGGUGGGAAAACGUCGAAGUGUUCGUCGAAAAGUUCAAGUUAUUGCAUUGGUUUGAUAUGGACCACAUCAUUUAUAAUGAUGGAAGUUUGAAAGGAAAACCGAAUCCAGACAUUUAUUUAAAGGCCGCAAGCAAACUUGGGGCAAAUCCAAAAAGAUGUGUAGUCUUUGAAGACGCCAUUUCGGGAGUCAAAAGUGCAACAAGUGCUGGGUGCAUUGUCGUGGCUGUCGCUUCAGACUUGAAAAGUGACGUUUUAGAAAAGCUUGAAAGUGUAAAACUCGUUAUAAACGAUUUUAAAGCUAUUAAUGUCAACGCUUUGAAUAAAUUGGUCGAAGAAUAA